GACAGUGAAACCCUACAACUUAUCGAAGAAAUACAAUCAAGCAUUAAAGACAUUGUGAUGCCUGCUAAAACCACAUUAAAGGAUUACGGCAGACUACAGAAGGAUGGAGAACUAAAAGUUAAAAACAACACAGACAACAAGAUCAGAUUUAGAUACAUUUUCUUGUUUGACAAAGCCAUGCUAAUGUGUAAGGCGAAGGGAAUAGCAUACGGCUUCAAAGAAGCCAUCAUCCUGGCUUUGUACAAAGUACAAGACCAGCAAACAGCCAACAGGGAGACGCAGCGUAAGGGAAAUAAGUUCAACAACUCUUUUAUAAUGGGAAAGAAAGAUGGCUCAGAGACAUUCUCAUUCUUUGCCGAAACUGAGGCCAUUAAGACUAAAUGGAUCGAAGCAAUAAAACUGGCACAAGAAAAUGCGUUGCCCCCGCAGGGGAUCAAUUAUGUGAUGCACACAUUUGAUCAACCAACAGAAUGCAGCGUCUGUAGAAAACUACUCAGAGGUGUGUUUUUCCAAGGCUACAAGUGCACAGGCCCAGGAAGUGAUAUAGCAGUACAUAAGGAGUGUAUUGGCAAGCAGCCAAUUAACAGCAGUAGAGAGAUUAGCAGUUCCUGA